CUCCACCACUGCUCCUACUGUCUUCAGUCUCUUUGCUCGGUUGCUAUCACUUGUAUUCAGCGGUUAGCAUCUUUUUAAUUAUUGUUAUAGUCGCAAACGACUGCAAGCCUGUUGCCGCGACGAUGGUUCUCGCGCGAUCGCUCCUUGUUGCGGCAUCCGCGUCGCUGGUCGUCCUUCCGUCGCAAGCCGUGGGGACGUCGGAGCUGCAGAGCGUCCUGAAGAACACCCACGGGGGCAAUGAAUAUGGCUAUCCGACCGAUUUCACCAGGGGGAUUAUGCCGAUCCCGGUACAUUCUCAUAAUGAUUAUUGGAGAGAUAUACCGUUCUACACAGGGAUUUCCAAAGGAUGCAUCUCGACGGAGGCAGAUGUGUGGCUGUACAACGGCACGCUUUAUGUCGGUCACGACGAGUCCUCCUUGACGGAGCAGCGGACGUUUGAAACACUCUACGUCAACCCGAUAUUGGACGUGCUCAAGCGUCAGAACCCGACGAGUCGGUUCGUGACGUCUCCUACGAAGAACGGCGUCUUCGACACGGACACUUCCCAAACGCUGUACUUCUUCAUUGAUGUGAAGACCUCCGGCCCGGAAACCUUCCAGGCCGCGAUUGAUGCGUUGGAGCCGCUCCGGGAACGGGGCUACCUCACGACCCUCAAAGACAACAAGAUCACCAAGGGCCCCGUCACGGUGAUUGGAACGGGUAACACGCCGCUCGACAUGGUCUCCCCCGUGACCAGCCGGGACUACUUCUUCGAUGCGCCUCUAGAGUCCCUGGGCGAUGCGAAGUAUUCCGAUCUCACGGGCCUCGUCUCCCCCAUUGCGUCGACGAAUUUCGAGGCGGCCGUGGGCAGGCUCGUCAGCGACGCGCUGAGUGAGAAGCAGCUGGAUGCUCUCCGGUCGCAGAUCCAGACGGCCAAGAGCAAGGGCAUCGGGGCCCGGUACUGGGGGACGCCGUACUUCCCAAUCCGGAAGCGUAAUUUUGUGUGGAGGACGCUGCUGGAGGAGGGCGUGACGCUGUUGAAUGCGGAUGACCUGGAUGCGGUGGCGAUAUACUUCUAAGGGUCGCAAGAUGUAAUUCAGUUAUAGCGACGAGGUUAUUCAUAUCUCAUUCAUAGGCAUCUGUAGUAUACCAACCAGCCGUGUGGAUCGGUCAAUGCAUACAGUAGUCCCG